CUCGGUGACGUCACCAACCAGCGACAAAACAGAACUUUUAACCGAUUUUGUUGUGUUUACACUUAGAUUAUUGCUUAAAAACGCGUAAUUCAGUUUCAGUAUCGCUUUGAAUAACAUUUUAUUUUUUAUAUUUCAGUUUUUUAUAUUCAAUAGUCCUUAUGGAUAACUUGUAGAGAACAUAAAAGCCGGUGUUAGCUCAUUUGUGCCCCAAAGACAUGAGGUGUUCGGCUCUGACUGUCAAGCGAUGCCCAAACUUUUCCACCUCAACUUUCCGGGGAACUGUUCGACUCUCCCGCAGGGCUUCUGGUCCGCUGUCGACGUGUGGAUAAAGAAACCUCACGUUGUCAACAAGCGUCUUUGCGGAGUUAAAGAGACCGACAGCAAAGACGUGUCCGCCGAGGAGCUGCGGCUCUUCCUGGCCGACGAUGGGCUGCACGAGGCGGUGAUGUCGCUCUGCUGCAGCCGCGGCUCAGCCACUCACCAACCGGACAGUCCGUGGAGCUUCAGCGUGAGAACUUUCAUCCCCAAAACCAACUGUUACGGACAAAAUCUGCAAAAAGAAGCCGUGCUGAAAGACUUUGAAAGGGAGCAGGUGACGUUCAUUCCGUUUGAGGAGGAUAUAGAGGGGAAAGUUUCAUUCAAGAGGAGCAACAUUUACCAGAUCCAGCUCUGCACUGAGACCAGAGAGGACUGGGCUGUGGAGCUGCACGUCCUGACAGAAGACGGCUGGGUCUCUGAUGGCGUCGCCCGGCCCAAUCUGUUCUGGCUGUCCUCGGAGCUUCUGCCUAAACUGGUGCGCUGGGGCUCCGAGUCCAGGAGCAGCGAGUUCAAGAGCACGCUGUCCCUGCUGCCCGUGGAGAAAUACAGCAUCACGUACCAACACCUGAAGGAGAAAUACAGAGCCAUGGUGAAGGUUUGGCCUGAAGUCACGGACCCAGAGAAGUUUGUCUAUGAGGAUGUUGCUAUUGCUACGUAUCUGCUGGUGCUUUGGGCCGAGGAGACGGCGGAGAAGAACCUGACGGCCAGACAGUCCUUUGUGGACCUGGGCUGUGGAAAUGGCCUGCUGGUCCACAUACUGACCAACGAAGGGCACCCUGGAAAAGGCAUCGAUGUCCGGAGGAGGAGAAUCUGGGACAUGUACGGCCCUCAGACCGUUCUGCAGGAAAAGGCAAUUACUCCCAGCGAGACCUUCUUAUUCCCCGAUACAGACUGGCUGAUUGGGAACCACUCGGACGAGCUCACGCCGUGGAUCCCCGUCAUCGCAGCCAGGUCGUCUUAUUCCUGUCGCUACUUUGUCCUCCCCUGCUGCUUCUUUGACUUCUAUGGAAAGUACCAGAGACGUCAGAGCAACAAAUCCCAGUACAAGGAGUACAUCGACUUCAUCACCGAAGUCAGUCAAGUCUGUGGCUUCAACACCGAAGAGGACUGCAUGAGGAUACCCUCCACCAAAAGGGUGUGUCUGCUGGGAAAGUCCAGGAGCUACCAGCUGCCCGACGAGGCAGAUUGGGAGCAGCGGCGAGCUCGCUACAUCCACAGCCGCCGGGCCUCCCCUGGAGUUCAAAGGUCAGACGUAGGUGCUGGCGGGGACUGUUGCCAUGGGGAUGCGGACCACAGGGACACCUCUGGGAGCACGUGGGGGGCCGGCUUCCAGCCCAGAGACAAAGUUGAAAGGGUCAGGAACUGCGCCGCUCUCCCUCGGGAGUUCAUCGACAAAGUUGUCCUGCGGGUCGCUAACGCGCUGCUGGGACAGACGGGAGGCGGGUCCUGCGGGGACUCCUGGAACCGAGGAGGCAGCCUUUCUUUGAGCGAAGCUGCAGGACUGCUGGAGCCGGAAACCUUACAGCUUCUGAAGAAAGAGUGUGGAGGUCUUCAGACGCUCCUCAAGAACAACUACCAGGUCUUUAAAGUGGAGGGAGGAGCGGUCUACAUCAAAGACUGGCGGGACGCUACGCCGUCCAAGGCGGAUAGGCGGAGGAACCAAAUCACCCCCGGAGCCCUGAAAACUCGCUCCUGCUGGUUCCACGACCAUCACCCUCAGGGCUGCCCCUUACAAGCCCCAAACUGUGCCUUCGCCCACGGGCCGGAGGAGCUCCGACCCUCCAGCAGGCCUUUGAGGAAGAAGAUGAAGAGCUUCGUUUCUUGACUUAUUUUUUUAAUUUGUCAAAGAUUUCAAAGAGAAGAGGCUAAUUUUUUUUUUUUUUUUAAUUUUUACACCAAUAACUUGUUUAGUAAACUAAAUUAUGUUAUAAAGUUGUUUUAUUUUUUGUCUGUUUAACAUGUCAAACAUUAAAUCAUACGUCUACGGUUAAA